AUGAAAGACAUUCAUGGAGCAGAUUUAAACGAGAAUCUAUGUUGUUCGUUGUGCAAAUCGUAUUUGAUUGAUGCGGUGACGCUUACUGAAUGUCUUCACUCCUAUUGUCGAGCUUGUUUGUUGGGUAAUAUCGAGAAAGCCGAAGUGUAUCAUUGUACAAAGUGUGCUGCAUCAUUCGGUAAAGAUCUUUCCGAGGCAUUCGUACGUGAUGAUACACUUCAGAAAUUGGUUUACAAAAUGGUACCAGAAGUUUACUGGCAAGAGUUACUUCAGCGUGGUGAAUUUCUAAAAAAACGUAUCGUUUCACCUGAUGAGAAAGCAACAAUUCUUGAUAAAAAGCUCAUGCAACUCGCCUCAGAACUUUGUGCUCCGAAUGAGAUGGUUUCAUUAUGUUUAGAAUACGUAUCACCGGGUGUAUCAGAUAAUGACAUCGGUGAAGAUAAUAAUGAUAAGGAAGCAGUAAGUGCAUCAAGAUUGCUUGAUGAUAACAAACCAUCAACAGUUGCUGAAGCUGAUCGUUUGGAAAAACAGGAAGCAAUGCUGACUACAUUCAGAAGAUAUUUUCGUUGUCAAGCAUCAACAAGAAUUGGUGCACUACGGAAAUUAUUGGAAGCGAAAUUAGAGGUUUCGGAUACUUAUCGAUUGUUUUUUGUCGACAGUGAUUGCAAUGUGACGCUGGAUGAUCAAUGCACACUACAGGAUAUUGCUUAUAUGUUUUCAUGGAGACGUUUGGGACCAAUGAAAAUUCUUUUCACCUUACAACGACAUCUCGAAGAAGAGAAGCCACCAGUGUUAGAUAUGGAAUUUAUGCCGGAACUUGUUGCUGAAGAACCUCUUUCACAAGGAAAUGCUGCAGUCACAGCUGCAAUUGAAACUCCUGUACAGUUGCCAGCAUUAACUGUUUCACUAAAUACUUCAAUGAUGGAAGGUGGACCAAAUCACCAACCUAUUAUUACUACCGAAAUCCAUCCACCACCCAGGAAGAAGAGAAAGUCUACUGCACCAACAAAGAAACAAGCUGCAUCUCCAGUACCUGUGCAGCGUAUGACCGGUGUUUCACCGCUUGCAAAAGGACCUCCACCAUUAGUACGACUUGAAAACAGUGGUUUAAAUAAGAAAACUAACAGCAAUGGACGCAUAAAAGCUGCUGAAAAAACUUCAUCAAAAACACCACUUCAUGAGGAUACACCUGCUACAAAACAAGCAAAGCUAAUGCCAACAUCUUUUGAUAACAAAUUACAGCAAAUCAUUGAUUCAUCUCCAAGUCGUUCAGCAAAAAUUCCCAAGGGAAACAAGACAAAGACAUUACCAAAAACAGCGUCAUCUGAUGUCACCGAAUCAUCAUCUAAAGUUGUGUCGAAUGAUAAACCUGCAGACUCAAGUAGUAAAAAUGGAAAUACAAAUAGCAAUUUGCAAACAGUGAAACUAAUAUCCACCGAUGGUAUCAAGACCGAAUCGGGCUCAUCUAAUGUAAAAACUGAGAAUGUUACAGCAAAGGAAAAAACUCUUAGUAAAUUACAUACAAUUUCGAAAAUCACAGAGAACACCACAGUGAUUACAACUAUUUCUACUCCAGCAAGUACGGCGGCAACAACAACAGCAAUAAUUAGUCAUCCGAGACCAAUACAGCCACGUCCAAUGGAGAUGAAAACUAAUUACGAAGCUUUAGUGAAAAGUUAUGGUUUAAACGGAAUGGGAAAUAAGGCAUACGGAAAAAAUGUUGGAUUUAGUCCACCAAUGCAUAUGCAACCACCACUAUUUAUGGAUCCAAAAAUUGCCGCACAACCAAUUAAGCAUAUUCUUUCUGGACGUGCUAUGCCGCCCAUUGUACCUGAAACCACUCCUUAUCUAAGGAAUCCAGCAUUGGCAAAUUUCAUGCAUCACCUGCAUAUGCAACCACCUCCAAUUCCGGGGCUUCCUGGUAGCAGCACUCCGCCUCUUCUCUCUCAUAACAGUGGUUCAACAUCGUCAUGCUCCUCAUCUAAUCAACUUACAUCAUCAGUACAUAAUCCUCCAAUCAGUAAUGUUUCAGCAAAAAAUUCUCAACAACCUGCAGCACUUAAACAUCCUGCAGCAGUGCCACUUCCGCCAACAGCUACUAAUUCAAGCGGUAGCAGUAAUAGUAGUAGUAAUAAUAGUAGUAGCAGCAAUAAAUUAUUAAACAGCAGUGGUAGUAGCAGCAGAGCAUCUUCACCAGCUGCUGCUAAAUUGCAACAGAAAAUUGUUUCUCCAAUUCCAAUUCCAACUGCUCACAUAACACCAUUUAUGAGCCAUAGUUAA